AUGGGUAUACUGAAUUCCAUACCCUCCGCAAAGGAUCGUACUGUUAACGAUACUACGGUCUCGGUUCCAAGAGAUCUAAUAACGGAACCACUACAAAACACGGAAGCAAUGGCCGAACGCUAUGGAUUGUUAUUCGUUAACAGGUGUUCUUUGGCUGUAUACCAGCUUGACAAUACUAUGGGUAAGCAAGGUAAGACAGUAAAAUAUAAUAUGCUUCCCGUGGUGUUUUUAUAUCCGUAUAAAAUGUAUACAUGUAAUGCAAAAUGUGGGGAGAUAAUAACUUACGGAUACGGUUCAUCGAGUUUUAAAGCGAUAGAUGAUGCAGCGAAUAAAUUUUUGGAAAAGCUGGCAUCUGUUUCUGAAAUGGAUGACCAUUUAGGAGCAAACCCACCAUGUCUAAAGAUUAAUGUAGAGGAAAAUGACACAGCAAGUGACGAACAAGGUAUGUUUACCAAUUACAUUGGUAAACUUCAAGAUGAAAUAUGUGUAGCUCGUGGUUGGAGUCUACCAAAGUAUGAAUAUUUUCAAAGUAUUGAGGGCGAAAAUAAUAAUAAGGUACGUUUGUUCACUGUAAAAUGCUCUGCUGGGCCCUACGAAUCUAAAGGUGUAGGUAAAACCAAAAAAAUCGCAAAAAAGCAAGCCGCUCAGUUGUUGAUUGAGCAAAAUAAUUUGAAUCAAUACACCUCUCGUAGCAACGUGACACAUAAAAUAGUUGAUAAAUCUAAGUUCAACACGAUAACACCAAAAAAUAUCGAAGUAUGUGAUGUUCUUAAGUUUGUGGAUAUAAUAAGCUUUAACAAAUUGUUAUCAUCUAAAGAAGAGUGUAUGCAAAAACUAAAAAAAUGCAAUUCAUUGGAUGAACUGAAUAUGAGUGCUUUUGAAUUUUUGGAAAAACUUGCAGAACAAGAACUUUUAAAAAUCACAUACAAACCACGUCAAAAAGAUUGUUGUGGGGUAGAGAUGACUUUGGAGAUUGUAAAAGAUAAACCUAUCAUGGUCUGUUUAAACACAGGGAAAACACAUAAAGAGGCUAAAAAUGCAGCUGCUAAAACUGCAUUAAAAUAUUUUAAACACUUUCUAAACUAACUGUUAUUACCUAUUUAAUUUAAUUAAUAUUUAACUAACAAUUUUUGUUAAAUAUUAUAAAUGUAUUAUACAUACUAUACAUA